GCGAUAUGGUCUUGUGCGUUGAGGCAGGGAUGGGCAGAGUCGUGGACUCUUGCUUGCGCUUGGUUGUGCUCGCUUUGGUUGUGAGUUGUCUAUUUAUUUAUUUCUUGUGGGUUGCGGAUUCGCUGACUUUGUGCUGUUGCUACCUGCAGGUUAUGACUGUGCUUGCGGCUGGUAUGUCGUUUUUGUCUACAUGGACUAUAGCUACACCUCUUCACUUCAAUCUGGGGAUUGGCAUUGUUGCCGUCCUUGAUUUCUAGGAUGGUGUAUUUUUCUCUUACUCGUUUCUGAAAACUUACUCCCAGAAGCAACCUUUUCUCUACACGAUUUUCUUCCUCCCCACGGAGACUCGAAUUAACCUCCUCUGCUCAUGCUAAACCAAGAGCAUUAUUUUUCUUCGUCACUGUUACAAUUGAUUACCAUAUCUGCUCUACAACCUGCAAAAACAAUCCUCAUAUUCACUACCUCCUACGGGUUCAUAUUUCUUUGUUACUUCUAUUUCAAUCUCUACAUUUUCCUAGUUCAUUGUCCUGAUCCACACCAACCACAGAGC